ACCAUCGUGUCUGACUCCGUUGCACCUCCUCCGUCCACGCCGCCAUGGCCACCGAAGCCGUAUCGACGACGCCUGCCGCUGCCGACGACAACUCGCACAUUGUGAUCAAAGCAAGACACGAGACCGCAGACACGCAGACCUUCCACGUGGGCACGCGGCGGUCGAUCCUCGCGCGGAAACAGGCCGAUGAGGUUGUCAAGGCAUUGCGGGAAGCAUGGCCGGAGCACAACUUCGAGAUCCACGCCAUGAGCACGACGGGUGACAACAAUCAGAAGACGGCCCUGCACAAGUUCAAUGAGAAGGCAUUGUGGACGCAAGAGCUCGAGGUUUUGCUCGAAGAUGGCUCGCUAGACUUGAUCGUGCACAGCCUAAAGGACAUGCCCACCCAGCUGCCCGUGGGCCUGAGUCUCGGCUGUGUGACUCAGCGUGAAGACGCGCGAGACGCAUUGGUGCUCAAGCCCGGGCUUGUCGACAAGGUCAAAAACUUGAAAGACUUGCCCGCGGGCGCAGUCGUUGGCACGUCGAGUCUCAGGCGGACAGCGCAAUUGAAGCGCUUUUACCCGCAAUUACAAUUCCAGGAUGUUCGUGGAAACAUUGGGACGCGACUGGCAAAGCUCGAUGACCCCAAUUCUGACUAUUCAGCAAUCUGCAUUGCAGUUGCUGGGCUCGAGCGGCUCGGCCUGAGCCACCGCAUCAGUAGCUACUUGUCCAAGGAAAACGGCGGUAUGCUUCAUGCUGUCGGUCAAGGUGCGCUGGGCAUUGAAAUCCGCUCUGACGACGAACGCACGAAACAAUUGCUUUCGAAAAUCGGUGAUGAUCGUUCAUGGCGGCAGGCGCUUGUGGAACGCUCGCUCAUGCGUACUCUCGAAGGAGGCUGCUCCGUGCCCAUUGGAGUCGAGACCGAGUGGAUCGCGAAAAACCGCAUGCACGACCAGCACGCUGGAGUGGGCAUAAAGCCAGCAGAGGACUAUAAUCAGCUCAGCGGUGAGGCGACGACUGCUGGUGGCACGAAACAGCUCGAGGUUGAGCCUAGUGACGAGUUACUUAUGCGUGCUAUCGUUGUCAGUCUUGACGGCAAGGACGCUGCCGAGGUCGAAACACGGCGCAGGAUUACAACGCAUGAACAGGCCCACGAAUUUGGGUUCGAUGUCGCCAAGAUGCUGGUCGAAAAAGGGGCCGACAAGAUUCUCGAGCAAGUGCAGCUAAAUAGAGGGAUCAUCAAAAGUCAGGGAGGGGCAUAAGUUGCGGAUACACAUAACAUACAGCACUACGUUGGUAGGGUGAACACCUAGCACCUCUUGAUGCGUCCCUUUGGCAGAAUCACCAUUGUUGCAUCUCUCAGACGCUGCACCCAGCAGCCUCUUCGCAUUCGGCUCUCAAUAGUCUGCCCCGAUAGCGCCUGGAACUGGCGAAAAGUCCACUGAACAUGAGUGCGUUGAUCCUUCAUGGGCUUCGUCGAAGUACCGCAUUAACGAGGAUUCUCCGGGCAACCGAUUGCCUUCGACAUCACUAG